UUCAUCUAUCUUUACUCUUACUGUUUGGCUGUUGGGGAAAGCGGGCCGAGGCGCUGCAGUUUCAUCCCCCACCUUCCCUCCACCUCCGACUCCUCAGCCCGCCGCAAUGCCUUUGUGGUCACCACCACCACCACCACCACCACCUUCGACCUCCCCACCGCCGUACAAAUCAGCUCCACCACCUCUCCUCUGUCGUUUCUCAUUUUCCAGGCCAUGCUCCAUUCCGCUUCUCAGCGACACGAAGCGAGCGACAACCAAGCUCUCCUUCACUCCUCGCUGCUCCCCCGCCUCACCGAGCGUCGCCACCAAUCCGCCGGUGGUGAAGAAGAGGAAGAGGUACCGGAAGCUCUAUCCGGGGGAGACCGAGGGCAUCACCGAGGAGAUGAGGUUCGUCGCCAUGAGGCUCCGCAACGUCGGCGGCAGAUACACGCACAAGGUCAAAAGGAGUGGCAAUAGUAGUGGAAACGGCGGAAGCGAUGGUGGCAGCGGAUGCGAGGUUGGGGAUGUAGAGAGCGGCGAAGAAGAAGAAGAAGAAGAAGAAGAGGACGUGCAAGGUGGAUUGCCGUCGGAUGGCGGUGAGAGUGGGGAGACGUGGAUCCCUAGCUUGGAAGGCUUCGUCAAGUAUUUGGUUGAUAGCAAGCUGGUUUUCGACACCGUCGAGAGAAUCGUCGAUGAAUCGAGCGAUGUUGCUUAUGCCUACUUCACGAAAACUGGAUUGGAACGUUCGGAAGGCCUUUCAAAAGAUCUAGAAUGGCUUUCCCAGAAGAAUGUUGAAAUGCCCGAACCUAGCAAUGCAGGGAUUUCAUAUUCCAAGUAUUUAGAGGAGCUUGCAGAAAAAAGUGCCCCUUUGUUCCUUUCUCAUUUUUACAACAUAUACUUCUCCCACAUAGCAGGUGGUCAAUUGAUUGUGAACCAGGUCUCUCAGAAGAUACUUGAAGGAAGGCAUUUGGAAUUCUGUCGAUGGGAGGGAGAUGUGCAUGAAUCGCUGAAAGGUGUUCGAGAGAAGCUUAACAUGCUUGGAGAGCACUGGUCUCGUGAUGAGAAAAAUAAAUGCUUGAGAGAAGCAACAAAAUCCUUUCGUUAUAUGGGACAAAUUGUGAGGUUGAUCAUCUCGUAAAGAGAAACGCCAUCCCAAAUUUCAGCCUUUUGAUGUUGACUAAGAAUUGCUACUGAGACUAUUCCAGAUUUCCAACUAUGAUUCAAACACAAAGGAAAAGUCAAAGAAAUCCUCAUAUGUCGCUUCAAACAAGGUUGAUGAUGUAUGGGAUUCGGAUUGCUAGUCCCAGAUCGGAUGAAGACUUCAAGGCAGUAAUCCAAAGAUCGGGCAAGGACGGAUGCGGGGCCGUUCAAUUGAAAAAAUGCACAAGCUGCUAUAUGUGGGUUAGUUAGUUCCCUUGACAGGAGAAUUAGUUAGCAACAAUGAGCUGAUCUGUAAAGUGUAAUCUGAGUCGUAAAACACCGAGAUGUAAUUCAUUUGAGAGUAGACUGAAAUGUUUCUGAUAGUAAAUGAAAAAACCCCACCCCAAAAUACUUCCGGGUAGCGGUCAGGUUGAUCGAGUAUUUGCUGGGCGGGGUAUCGGACCUAGAUUUAUUUCUGCAGGAUCUAAUUUUAGCAUCAAA